UUUUUAGUUUUUGUUCAUGCCUUACAUGCCUCUACUCAACCUGAAUCAAUUUCUCACAUUACAGUUUUGUGCUCUGAGCUACUGUGGUCAAACCCAUAGAAAUGGCGAUUCCAUCGAGCUUUUGUUAUUUUUGUACAAAUGUGUUCCAAUAACCCCUCAUGUGUAUUAGUUGCAUUGCCAUGUGACGCAGAAAGAGAGAGAAAAAACGAACGACAUUGACGACAAAGAUGCCUACCUUGUUAAACUUGAAUGAACCGGAUGGCUUGGGUUCCCUUCAGCCCCUCUCCAUUUGCAGCCGUCUUUCCACUUUGACUGCAAAACUUUUCACCGACCCGAGCAGGCAAACUUCAGGUGUCAGUCGUUUGAGGACGCCCCGCCGGGACGCGGACGGAAAAUGGCAAGAAGAGGUGGCGCUCGGGUGGACAUGUAGUGGCCCACCUGGAGGAGGCUGGCCACUCAGGUGUGGGUGCGGCCCCGGGUUCAGUGUAAGGAGGACAUCUAGUGGCCAAAAGGGAGAAGUACAUCAACGAUAGAUACAUUCUAUCGCUAGCUAGCUAGCUAGUUAGAUAAAUAGAUAAUGUUUCAGUACUUAUUGCAUAGCUUGCUGUUUUGUAUCAAGGAACAGCUGAAUGGCAAAAUUUUCAACAGGUGUUUGAUGCAUUAAGUGACCAAUACAUUUCCUGUUUCCUGGUUCCUGGUAUUUAAAGGUAUUUUUCAUCAUGUUGUUCACAUUUUGAUGUCAUGAAACCAAGAUGAAUCUUAACAAUUGAUCAACAGUACUUAGCCAUUGUGAGGCUUUCUAACAGUAUGUUUUCAGAGGGAAGUGGUCACUGUGUCGCAGAGUGUCAUCAGCAGGUUGUAACGGAAAUACGAGAGACUGGAAGAUUCUUCAAGGAUUCAUCUGGGAUCCUUUGCAGCUCUGUCGUCACGGCCAUCUGGAUGUCGUCCACAUCUUCGGACUGGGUCCCUUGGAUGACCCCCUCGAGCUUGGGAAAGAAGUAAAGAAAAAUCACAGAGCCAGGUCGGGUGACUAGGAAGGUUGCACCAGCACGCCGAUGUUCUGCUCAGCCAGGAACUGCCAGAUGCUCAGGGUUUUCAUGGUGGAGCAGACACGAGUUGUCCUGCCACAAUGCUCGCCUCUUCUAGUGCACUGCAUGAAGAAAAUGAUCUCUUAUAGUCAAUAGUCAAUGCACAUAGCUCCUCAACAGUUUUGUUUGAUAAAACUGAAAAAAACUGUAAAUACAAUAAUUUAUUUCACCCAGGAGGUUAUAAUGCACAGUAUAUAUUAUGGGGUCAUACAGUGCAUGUGUACUAGGCUGCAAGAGGCACUGACACUGCUUUUUGAUCCCCCGUGGGGGCCUGACAGAAUUGAGCCUAACCCAUGGAGAUAGUGUUACCACACUGACUCCAGUCGUUAUUAAUAAGCGCAAAGUGGACCUCUGUUUUGCUAGCGACACAAACACAGCAAGGAGAUUUGUAUUCUUUAAACCGUGGACCAAUUUGAUCUACAUCUCUCUGGACUGCCACUUUCAAACUGAUCGGCAUGGAUAAUCAGGACAAGGCACCAACUCAGGAGCCUCCCACAGACCUCAUUCAAUUUGUUGAAGACAUCAAACAAAGCACUGAUAAUGGCAACUUGGACAGGGACAACAUUCCUAAGCUGGACAAGUCCGACAUGGAGAACAUAGGACAGAUGUUUGAGCACUGUAUCGAGCAGGUGUCCUCUUUGGAGAUGCGGAGAGAAGAGCUGAUACAAGAGUUCCUGUUUCUACAGGAGCCCAUGAAGCACGUUGUGGAUCAUCUGAGGGGAAAUCUGGUGGAGAAGCAGAGACUGGUUACUCUGGCUCAGAUGGAUCACAUGGAUGUGUUUGAGGAAGUGCAGCAGGUGAAGAGGAAACUCUUCAACACUGCCAGAGCCUGCAUCCACAGCCAGGUGAUGCUCGCUGAACAAAAGUACAAGGUGGCUCAAGCGGCUCUUACAAAGGAAGAGCUCAAAGCCCAAGUCCAAUGCCUGACAGAGGAGUUGUUUCAACGCCAGGAGUCCCACCAAAACCAUCUCAACUCUUUGAGGGAUCUGGCCAAGAAGCCGUGCAGACAGAGAGCCAUGAGCGAUGUCAGCCUGUGCCGUCGAGCCUCUGUCCAUCUCCAGCGCCGGCUCAGCGUCAGCAUUCGGGAGUUGGAGGGCUGGUAUGAGCCCCGACUCAUAGCACUGCUGAAGAGGAGGCAAUUUGGAGAGAAGGCCUUGAGAGUGAGCAAUGAGCAGACAGUGAUCUUAAGGGCCCAACUAGAUCCCCUAAAACAGGAAGUACAAAGACUGGAGGAGCAGAGGUCCUGUCUCAAGCAAAGGCUCAACCUGAUGCAGCAGGAGAGGGAGGAGAUGCUCACGCAACACAAGGAGGCUGAAGAGGAACUAAAAGAGGCUCUGAGGAAACUAAUGCUGGACUUUGAGGUUCAAAUAAGACAUAAAAGAGAUUUGGAGGCUCGCACAAAUGAUAUUUUAGAAGAGAUGGCACAUCUCAGAGUCUGUGAUGAAGCUACUGGAGAAGAACAGCCAGAGGAUUCUUCUUCCUGUCAGGCCAACUAAUGUUGAACAGCUUUGCAUACAAUUUGUUUUAAAAAGUUUAUCAAAUACAAAACAUUAUCUUUGUUAUAAAAAGGAUUACAAUUUAUUUCCUUCUUACACACAAUCCAUCCAUUUUCUACAACACUUGACCUCAUUAGGGUCGCAGGUGAGCUGGAACUUAACUAGCGGAUUUUGGGGGAGAGGCGGGCACACCCGGCCUGAACUGGUCACACGUCCAUUGCAGGACACUUUCAUUCACAUUACAAACACCCAUUUACUCCAAAUAUUUAUUAUGAAUAUACUUAAGUACACAAGAGUUCAGAUGUAGCACAACAAAAAAGAAAAUGCAGAGGGAAACAAUGUAUAUGAUGCAACACAAGAAGGAAAAUUCUUCUUUUGAACAAAUAAAGUGGAAACCGUAUGUACAUUUGUAUAAAAAUGGAUCUUAGUAGAAAUGUGUUGAGCAUAACUAACCAAUUCCAGAAAAGAUGAGGAAAAUACACUCAACGAAAUAAACAACCAGAAUGACAACUUUUUGAUAAGUUUCAUUACAUCGGGGUUAAAUAACUGGGAUUAUGACUAACAAAUCUUUAAAAAAAAAUAAUAAUAAUUCAGACUGAUCUUAAUUGCAUCACAACAGCAAGUCGUGAUUUUCUCCAAAAACACUUGGCGCCCAAAAUGUAGAUUUAAGAGAAGUGCUUAUGCACCCAAAAAUGGAAAUAGAUCAUUCGAAUAAGCUGGUCAGAAGAAAAGCUGGAGAAUGGAUUCAUGCCUGAACCUCAGAAUCUGCUACUCCUUCUGGGUCUUCAUCAUUGUAGAUAUUUUCAGCCUGCAGAAGAAAAAAAAGAAUGCAUAGGUUUGCAAAAAUUGUAAUUAGGACAAUAAAUCAAAUUACAACCAA